CUCCCAUCUGUUUUAGCUUCCCACUCUACUUCCCUCAUCCACUUUUCCUUCCCCAAACACAUCUCCACUAUAGAGAAUCAUCGCGAUCAUGUCCCUCUUUGGCUCGACCUUUGGUCAGCCUCAGCAGCAGCAGCAGCAAUCCCAAGGUGGCGGCCUUCCCGAACAGCCAGCUGCGCAACAACCACAACAGAGCGGAGGACUCUUUGGUGGCGCUCCUCAGCAGCAGCAGCAGAGCACAGGCGGUGGUUUAUUUGGCAGCCAACAGCCGCAGCAGCAGCAGCAGCAAGGCGGGCUUUUCGGGAAACCUUCGGGGCUUUUCGGCCAACAGAGCACCCCAACAACCCAACAAGGAGGUGGCUUAUUCGGAGGUGGUCAGUCUACUCAACAGAGCACUGGUGGCGGCCUCUUUGGUGGCGGCGGUGGCGGCGGUGGGCAACAGAGUGCGGGCGGAGGAAUGUUUGGCAGUCAGCAGCAACAAGGUGGGCUAUUCGGUGGCGGUCAGUCGAGUCAACCUACUGGAGGUGGGCUCUUCGGAGGACAGUCAACUCACCAACCCCAGCAACAGUUCGGCCAGCAGGGUGGAUCACUGUUUGGCCAGUCGCGAACUGGGGGCGGCCUUUUCGGUCAGACGCCAUCUCAACCUCAGCAGCAACAACAGGGUGAGCUAUUUAGCAAUUCAACUGCAAAUCAAGGACAGCAGCAAGGAUCCUAUAUGAAUUCUACUAUGGGCGGAUAUGGACAGCAAUCUAUGUUUCCUAUGAUGUCGCAGUCUAUGCGGGUUCAACAACAGUCUGCAAAUGUGAUCGUCGAUAAACUUGGCAGAAUAAAAAAUGCUUGGGAUACAGGACAUCCAGACUAUGCCUUCAAAUUUUAUCUCUAUAAUCACGUUGGUGAAGAUAGGGCAAAUAUGUACCAGAAACCUCCGGCUGAUGAUUUGGCGGAAUGGGAGAAGGCCUGGGUCGAGAGACCCAAUAAAGGAUCUGUUCCUGUCCUUGCCAAAGGUUUCAAGGACCUUGACUAUCGUGUCAAGUCCCAAGAGCAACAAGUUAACCUGUUCCGACAUCGCCUUCACGAGAUUCAGGAUAAACUAGCUGCCCUUCAAAGCCGCCAUGAUUUGAUGACAAGUAUCAGACUCGAAGAUUGCCGUCGUCGACAUACUGCCCUUUCCCGGAGGGCCCUAUCUCUGGCAGCCAAGGUUCAGGUAAUGAAGAACAGGGGCUAUGCUCUUCAGCCCGAAGAAGAGCAAUUGAAAAAGCGUCUAGAAGCCCUCUCAAGGGCUGUGUGGGAUCCAGCAGUGAGGGGCAGAGUGAACGAGAUUUGGGCUAGAAUGAUGGUUGUUAGUGAGCAGGCGCGCAUGAUGGAGGCUACUGUUGGCAAGGUCGAAAUUGUUUGGGAUGAAAAACAAUUACAAACUGCCGGAAAGCUUUUGCAAACCAAUGCGGCGGGCUUGGAACACCUCAAUAAGGAAGUCAGAGACAUUGAGAAGGCAUUUGACCAAUGGGAAGAAGAACAAAAAUCUCGACCUCGGGGAUUCUAG